AUCUCUAUCAAAUCUACUUCGUUGUGAUGCUGGUAUCAAAAACCAAAACCGUAAACUCUUGCGCGUCGUAUAAAACAACAAACCUGAAGUAGAAUCGAGAGAUAUUGUUGCCCCCAUUUACAUUUCUGCACGAUCAUCAUCAUGGUGAAAGAGACUGAAUACUACGAGAUCUUAGGCGUCAAAACUGAUGCUUCAGAUGCUGAGAUUAAAAAGGCUUACUACUUAAAAGCAAGGAAAGUUCAUCCAGACAAGAACCCUGGAGACCCUCAAGCUGCUAAAAACUUUCAGGUUUUAGGUGAGGCUUAUCAGGUUCUAAGCAAUCCGGAUAAGCGAGCAGCUUAUGACAAAUAUGGCAAAGAAGGGGUCCAACAGGAUGCAAUGGUUGAUCCUGCAGCUGUAUUUGGUAUGCUUUUCGGAAGCGAAGUCUUUGAAGAAUACGUUGGCCAGCUUGCACUUGCUUAUUUGGCAUCUAUCGAAGCUGACUUAGAAUCACAUGACCCUGAAAUCAGAAAGCAAAUGCUUCAAGACAAGAUCAAAGCUCUUCAAAAGGAGAGGGAAGACAAGCUCGCCGCUACAUUGAAAAACAAACUUGAACCCUUUGUGGAAAGACAAACAGAUGAAUUUAUCGAAUGGGCAAACGAAGAGGCAAAGCGGCUUUCUUCUGCCGGUUUUGGCGAGGCAAUGAUGCAUACUAUUGGUUACAUUUACACAAGAAAAGCUGCUAAAGAAAUCGGGAAAGACAAGCGAUAUAUGAAAGUACCAUUCUUAGCUGAAUGGGUGCGUGACAAAGGCCACCAUAUGAAAUCUCAAGUGAUGGCUGCUUCUGGUGCGGUUUCGUUACUUCAGUUGCAGGAUGAAGUAAACAAGUUGAAUGAACACCAAGGAGAGAACAAAGAGGAACAUAUUCAGAAAGCUAUUGAAGCUAAAAUGGAUGCUUUGCUUCAAUCUCUUUGGCAAAUCAAUGUUCUCGACAUCGAAUCCACGCUAUCUCGUGUUUGCCAAUCUGUGCUUAAAGAUCCAAGUGUUUCGAAGGAUGUUCUUCGAGCUCGUGCCAUAGGACUGAAGAAACUUGGAACGAUCUUCCAGGUGAGCAAGAAGAACAAAAGGGGUGCUAAGAAGCCGUACACGAGAGGAAGCAGCUUGCGUCGGGAAGCCACCACCGUGAAAAUGGACACCGGAGGUUCUUCAAAGGCGACGUCUUGAAACUCCGGAACUUAAAAUGCUGUUUCUUUUAUUGGUUGAAGUUGGAUUUGUCCUUCGUUUUUUACUUUCCCCAGUUUUGUAGAGAUUGCUUUCUAUGUUAACUUUUUUUUCGUGUAGAUGUUACAUUUAAGGUGGUGCAUUACUGCAUUCUCAUUAAAAUCUUUUCGUCACAUUAUUCAAAUUUCUUAUACAUUCAGAGCUAGUGAUGAAAUGAUCUA